AUGAUGAGCUUGGUGUGUGUUUGCCUUCCCCUCAAAGACAAUGUACUGCCUUCAGUGGUUGCUCCCAGUUCUCCUCAUCCCGAAACCUCUGAACCCGGCUUUAUGGUUCAACCACUCAAUGUUCAUGGGCUUCUACCUGCUCAGCUUCCUGCUGGAGAGGAAGCCAUGUACCAUUUGUGCCUUAGUGUUCCUGGCAGCUCUGUUUUUCAUCUGCUACAGCUGCUGGGGGAACUGUUUUCUUUACCACUGCCAUGACUCCGCACUACCAGAUUGUGCACACGAUCCCAGCAUUGUGGGCACCUAAGAGGAUUCCCCCUGACGUGAUGCGCAGAUGGAUCCUGGACAAUAUGUAUCUAGGCUGUGAAUAAAAUCUCCCACCUGACACUGUCCAUGUGGAUAAACAUAGACUUCAUCCUGAUUCUCAUCCCCUCUGCCCUUCGUGUGCACUUGUUCACGUCUCUUAAUGGAUUUAAAAGGAAUUGACUGGUGUAUGAAAUAUGGUUACUCCCCCAUGCAUACACCAGUCCAAUGCUUUUAAAUGUGUUGGCAUGUGUACACUUCCCAGAGAAUAGCCUACCCUACCCUCCUCACUACUGCCCUCCACCCCUGGUUUUUUAGUGAAUGUCGCCUACCCUGGCCUCAUUGAAUCUAAACGUUUGCAUGGGUUGCCUUUUUUAGAGUUUUCAAAAGUCGUGUUAAUACAGAAAUCUGAAAGUUUCCAAAGGGUAGAAAUCAAAUGUGUUGUUGGUGUGAAAAUGCUGACUAUCAGUAUAAGUUACAGUUGCAGGAAGGUGAACAUGAAAAUCCUGCUUCCCUGUUGAGCUUUGGACGUCAAGAGGCGAGUGAUGUGAAUCUGUUAUCUAGAGUGCCUUCAGAAAAUAUUCAUACCGCUUCACUUACUCCACAUUUUGUUGUAUUACAGCCUGAAUUCAAAAUGGA